AUGGCAUUAUCUUUUGUGGGAAAUGUCGUGAUUACCGUGAUCGUAUUGGGCGUAAUCAGUGGCACGAGUGCUACUUUCAGUUUAAAAAACAAAGACAAUACUGAUGAUCAUGAAGAUGAACAGGCUAAACAGUUUCCGAGGUCAGAGCCAGAGGCGGAUUCGUCUUACGAAGUCGGCGUUGGCAUUGCAGAUAUGACCGGACCCUGUGUUGAAAUAACAUUUAUGGGUUACGCUGAGCUCGGACAGUCUGGCGAAGGCAUACAUUUGAGGCAGUUCUCGAGAGCCUUUAUAUUUUCGAAGGGGAAUACCAGAGUGGUACUAGUCACAGCUGAAGUGCAGGCAGUAGGCAUUGCCGUCAGGAGACAGGUGGUGAAGAAUCUGCAAGAGCGUUACGGUGACAUGUACAGCCUCCGCAACGUGAUAAUCACUGGAACGCAUACGCACAGCACCCCUGGUGGAUAUCUGGUGGAUUUCAUUCUGGACGUUAGCAUAUUAGGAUUCUCUAAGGAGACUUUUAAUGCCUACGUUGACGGAAUUACUAGGAGCAUAGUCCGCGCCCACGAAAACAUGGUACCAGCGCGUUUGGUGUUCGCUCAGACGAAAGUAAAAAACGCCCACAAGAACCGAUCUCGAUACUCAUAUAACAACAACCCUGCUGAGGAACGCGCUAGAUAUGAAACCAACACAGAUGAUUUGCUGACCCAAGUGCGGAUAGAAAAAGCUGAUGGAAGCCUCCAUGGAGUGAUGAACUGGUUCUCAGUGCACACGACUAGUAUGAACAUGACAAAUAAGCUGGUCUCCUCAGAUAACCUGGGGUAUGCCGCUCUAAGGAUGGAGAAGGAAUUGAAUCCAAGUAAUUUGCCUGGAAAGCCGGAUAUCGUGGCGGGUUUCUUCUCGUCGAGUCUGGGUGAUGUGUCGCCAAACACGCGCGGAGCUCGUUGUGAGUUCAGCAAUGAGGAAUGCGAUCAUCAGUUCCUGCUGUGCGCUGCUCAGGAGAGAUGUUUCUCGAAAGGACCCGGGGAGGAUAUGUUCGAGAGUACCAGGAUCAUUGGCACCAAAGUAUUUGAGGGAGCUAUGGAGGCACUUCGUUCUCCUGGUGAAGAGCUACGGGGCGACCUGGCGGUUGUUCAUCAGUUCGUCGAGAUGUCGCAAGAAGUGGUUCCCAAAUAUGAUCCGAUUAAGAAGACAUUUAACACGAAUGAGCCAGUACGCGGCUGCUUUCCGGCCCUGGGCUAUAGUUUCGCUUCAGGCACUAUCGAUGGAGCUAACACAUUAAAUAUUACACAGGGUACGCUACAAGGAAAUCCCCUGUUGGAUAUCGUGGGUGGAAUCGUGGCCAGACCUACUGCUGACGAUGUGGAGUGUCACGCACCUAAACCUAUACUUUUGGCUACGGGAAGAGCGAACUUCCCUAUACCUUGGCACCCUCACAUCAUCUCUCUGUCGCUGAUAUGGCUCGGAGACCUCGCUAUCGUGGGAGUGCCGGGAGAGCCCACCACCAUGUCGGGGAGGAGGAUGAAGGCAGUGGUGGGAGACGUGAUGCAGCGCCGCGGGUUCAAGCCCCGCGUUGUCAUUUCCGGACUCACUAAUGAAUAUAUUCACUAUGUUACAACCUAUGAAGAGUAUCAGGUACAAAGAUACGAAGCCGCCUCCACAAUUUACGGUCCGAACACGCUGGAUAUAAUGCUGAAUAAGUUUUCGGAGUUCACUGUUGCGGCUAUUGAGAAAGGUGACGUCCCGCCCGGGCGAGAGCCGGCUGACAAUCGUGCGCACACGCUCUCUCUGAUCCUGCCGGUUAUCGCCGACAAUCCUCCUGUGAGGAGGAGGUUCGGUGACGUCAUUGCACAACCUCCUGCUGUUGUACCAAGGGGGACCACUGUGACCGCUACUUUUGUCGGAGCAAACCCCCGUAACGACUUGAAGCAAGAAGAAAGUCACGCAGUUGUCCAGCGUCUGGAACUCGGCCGGUGGAUCGAUGUCGCCAAUGACGCUGACUGGGACACAAGAUUUUACUGGAAGCGUCUCUCCACAAUAGCUGGCACGAGCGAGGUGAGGUUCUCUUGGCGGGUUCCCGAGACUGCGCAGUCAGCCCCGCACCGCGUGGAGUACCGCGGCGCUGCGCGGAGCCUCUUCGGAAGGAUCACGCAUUUCACGGCCCAAACCGACAGCUUCUCUAUACAAUAA